ACACUGUAGCUACCUGCCUAGUGCCUACCCUUCUUCUCUUAGAUCUCAUCAUCUGCUGAACUUGAGACUGAAUCAUGGCUGCAAAAUUUGAGGGUGGAGCAUACCUCUCUUCCUUUGUUGAUGCCGUUUUGAACAGGCUGUCUUCGGUCAACUCAACCCCAAUAGCAAGCAAGCUAGCUGACCAGAAGUUGCUUCAAAGGAUGAAGGCAAGUCUCCGUGCCGUUCGAUGUGUGCUUGAUAAUGCUGAGCAGAAGCAGAUCAAAGACCAAGAAGUUAAGAAAUGGCUUGUUGACCUCCAAGAUUCUCUCUAUAUGGCUGAUGACUUGCUUGAUGAACUCUCCACUAAAGCUGCUAUUGCCACUCCCAUUCAAACGGAUCCAGGUAACUCUUCUUCCUGGACUCACUAUGUUGAUUCAAUCUUAGAAGAUAGUGAUGAUGCUGAGAUGGGGAUAGUAAAUAGCAUGCAAGACAUAGUUCAUAAAUUGGAGUCUCUUGUUGAAGAGAAAGAUGAUCUUGGUCUAAAACAAGAGUUUGUCAAAGAUGAGGAGGACAUGUCAUGGAGAAUUCAAUCAUCUCUGGUUGAAACUUCUGAGAUAUAUGGAAGGGAUAAUGACAAGAAAGCCAUAAUAGAAUUGUUGUUAGAUGAUACUUGUGAUGCUAACAUAUCUGUUAUCCCCAUUGUUGGUAUGGGAGGAGUUGGAAAAACUACCUUGGCUCAGCUGGUUUACAAUGAUGCCAGAGUGGAGGGGGAAUUUGACAUUAGAGCAUGGGUGUGUGUUUCCGACCAAUUCGACAUUGUUAAUGUUACAAAAACCUUAAUAAAAGCUGCAGGUGCUAGUUCUUGUAACGAGGAUGAUUUAAGUUUACUUCAAACUGGAUUGAAGGAUAAGUUAAUGGGGAAGAAAUUCUUAAUUGUUUUGGAUGAUGUGUGGAUUGAUAAUUCCAGAAGCUGGAAAAGUCUUCAAAAACCUUUUCAAUAUGGGAAAAAGGGAAGCAAGGUUCUUGUAACAACUCGAAAUGAUAAUGUUGCCGAUGUAGUGAAAACUAUUUCAGCAUAUAAGCUUGGUUUAUUGUCAGAGAAAGAUUGUUGGUCAUUUUUUGUGAAACGUGUAUUUCUUUCUACUGCAUCGAAGGAGUAUUCAACUCUAGAAUCGGUUGGUCGAGAACUUGUCAAAAAGUGCAAAGGGCUACCUUUGGCAGUAGAGGCCCUUGGUUCCUUAUUACGUACAAUAAAUUAUGAUGGAAGGGAUUGGGAUAGUGUAUUGAAAAGAGAACUAUGGGAAGUUUUUGAAGAUCAGAAUGACGAGAUUAUUCCUGCAUUAAGAAUUAGCUAUCAUUAUCUUCCUUCAAAUCUAAAGUGAUGCUUUGUUUAUUGUUCUUUGUUUCCAAAAGAUUAUGAAUUUGAUAAAGGUGAGCUGGUCUUGCUAUGGAUGGCAGAGGAACUUUUACAGCCAAAAGGAAAAAAGUCUUUGGAAGAACUUGGUUGUGAAUAUUUCGAUCAAUUGGUUGCAAGGUCCUUUUUUCAGUCCUCUAGUACUGAUAACAGCUUCUAUGUGAUUCAUGAUAUCAUGCAUGAUUUGGCAACAAUUUAUGCUGGAGAAUUCUAUUUUAGAGCUGAAAAAUUUGAGGAAAAUAACAGGAUCAGCAAUAAAACUCGCCAUUUAUUGCA